GAGCAUUUAAACUGCGCAAUCCUUCUGUCUCUCUCUCUCUCUCCACGUGCUCAUCAUCGACUCAUCAUGUGACUACUACUCUCUUUCUUCUUCUGGCUCACUCACCCUCCUCUCUUUUCCCUUCGAAUCAUUUGUCACAGUCUAUUUCCACUGACCCACUCAAGGAGUCAGCUCACUUCUUGACUUCAAUAGCCCACAAAAAGAAUCAACCUUUCCGCUUCCCUUUUUUCACACUCGAGAAAGAAAAAAAAAAUAUAUACUGAGCUGAGAAGAGGGGAGCAAGAAACGUAUACACUAAGCGAGGGUGUAGUGGGUUUGCUGCUGUGAGUGUGGUCUAUGUAAAGAAGAAGAAAUGGGCUGUUUACAGUCCAAAACUGCCAAUAAUCUGUCCCCGGACCAAGACCCUUCUCACCCUGAAUCCAAACCAGAUCUUGCUGACGGGAAGCAAGUAGAUGAAGAUCAAGUGCCAGCAUUUAAGGAAUUUGAUCUAGCUGAACUCCGAGCUGCGACAAAUGGGUUUAGCAGUGAAUUGAUAGUUUCUGAGAGUGGAGAGAAAGCACCCAAUGUUGUCUACCGAGGAAAGCUUCGAAGCAACCAGCUUGUGGCUAUCAAACGUUUCUCAAAGCAAUCAUGGCCAGAACCACAGCAGUUCGUGGCAGAGGCUGCUAGAGUUGGGAAGGUUCGACACAAGAGAUUGGUGAAUCUAAUUGGUUGUUGUGCGGAGGGAGAUGAGCGUCUACUGGUGGCAGAAUACAUGCCCAAUGCCACGCUAUCAAAACAUCUCUUUCACUGGGACAAACAGCCUUUGCCCUGGGAAAUGCGUGUAAGAGUUGCCUGCCAUAUUGCACAGGCUCUAGACCAUUGCAGUGCCGAAAACCAUAAAAUCUAUCAUGAUUUGAACGCUUACAGAGUUCUAUUUGAUGAGGACGGUGACCCUCGGCUAUCAAGUUUUGGCUUGAUGAAAAACAGCAGAGACGGGAAGAGUUAUAGCACAAAUCUAGCUUAUACACCCCCAGAGUUUUUGCAUACAGGCAGGGUCAUUCCAGAAAGUGUGAUCUAUAGUUAUGGAACUGUUUUGCUGGACCUUCUGAGUGGGAAGCAUAUUCCUCCGAGCCAUGCUUUAGAUUUAAUAAGGGGGAAGAAUUUGUUGUUACUGAUGGAUUCAUCCUUGGAAGGGCAAUAUGCGGAUGAAGAUGCUAGUGCAUUAGUGGAGCUUGCUUCAAAGGGCCUCCAGUAUGAGGCUCGGGAUCGACCUGAUGUAAAGUUCAUUCUGACUGCCGUGGAGCCCCUUCAAAAGCAGAAAGAGGUUGCGUCACACGUUUUGAUGGGUCUGACAAAAACUCCCGUGGUGCUUCCCACCAUGCUUUCUCCUCUUGGAAAGGCUUGUGCAAGGAUGGACCUUACUGCUGUGCAUGAUAUCUUGCUUAAAACGGGUUAUAAAGAUGAGGAGGGUGCAGAAAAUGAGCUUUCAUUUCAAGAAUGGACACAACAAGUGCAAGAUAUGCUGAAUACGAAGAAAUUUGGUGACAUUGCUUUUAGGGACAAUGACUUCAAGAAUGCAAUUGAUUACUAUUCUAAGUUGGUAUCUAUGAUGCCUGUCCCUUCUGGUACUGUUUUCGUGAGGCGGGCGCUAUCUUACUUGAUGAUCGGUCAACCCGAACUGGCACUGAGGGAUGCUAUGCAGGCGCAGGUUUGCCUGCCCGAGUGGCCCACUGCGUUCUAUAUGCAGGCUCUUGCCCUCUCCAAACUCGGGAUGGAAACCGAUGCCCAAGACAUGCUCAACGAUGGAGCAUCCUUUGAAGCAAAGAAGCUCAACAGUUGGCGGGGUUAGUGUUUGGCUUUGAGCCAUUGGCGGAUUGAGAGGUUUUCGAGCGGAGCAAUUAUAUGGAGCUUCCUUAUGUAGUCACUAGUCAGGUAUACUUCCAUACAAAAAGUUGUAAAAAAGCCAAAGUUCUAAAUUUUCUUGUGGCAUUUGGUUUACUUUUUUUUGCAAGCAAAUUGCUUUUGUACCCUGCUUUUGAUAUGCUAACUUAUGUCCCAACUCCUAACUAAUGUAAAGAUUUUUCUGGUACAAUAAAUAUGCUAUACUUAGUUGUAUUAGUUA